UUUCCCAUUAUCAAAAGAAGAGGGUCCAAGAUGGCGCCCAUUAGAUGGGCCUGUGCCUGUUGUCUCCGCUUUAAUUUCAGCCCUGAGGAGAUAGAGCAGCGGCACAAGAGUCAGCAAAUUGAUCGGAUGCUGGAGAAGGACAAACAUGCCAUCAGGAGACAAGUGAAAUUGCUGCUGCUGGGCGCAGGAGAGAGCGGCAAGUCAACCUUCCUCAAGCAGAUGAGAAUCAUCCAUGGUCAGAGAUUCGAGCCCGAGAUUGUCAAGGAAUUCCAGGUGACCAUUUACCAAAACAUCGUGCGGGGCAUGAAGGUCCUCGUCGACGCCAGACAGAAGCUCAACAUUCCGUGGGAGAAUCCCAAGAAUUCGCCCUUCGGACAGCAUUUGCUGCGGUAUGACAACUUGGUCGUCUUGGACAGUCACACCUUCCAGGACUACGCCCCCUCUAUCAAAAGACUGUGGAUGGACUCGGCAAUCAGACAGGCCUUUGACAGGCGACGGGAAUUUCAAUUGAGUGACUCUGUCAAGUACUUCCUCGACAACAUGGAUAGAAUUUCAAGACUGGAUUACCAACCUGUAAAUCAAGACAUACUACACGCUCGAAAAGCAACCAAAGGAAUCUCUGAGUUUAUAAUUCCAAUCAACAACAUCCCAUUCAGAUUUGUGGACGUCGGAGGGCAGAGGUCUCAGAGACAAAAGUGGUUUCAGUGCUUCGACUCUGUCACCUCAAUUUUGUUUCUCGUUUCAUCUUCCGAGUAUGAUCAGGUGCUGGUAGAAGAUAGGAAAACCAAUCGUUUGGACGAAUCUCGCAACAUCUUUGACACAAUUGUAAAUAACGUUGUGUUCAAAGGCGUCUCAAUCAUCCUGUUCCUAAACAAAACGGACCUGCUCUAUGCCAAGCUUCGUUCUCGGCAAUCUGAUAUUAGUCAGCACUGGCCAAAUUUUGUUGGCGAUCCUUACUCCUUAACUGAUGUCCAGGUCUGUUCACAGUGGAUUUUCAAUGUUUUCAUGUAUAAAUUGUUCCGUGAAACAAAAAGAGACCGGGUACGCCCUCUGUUUCAUCAUUUCACCACUGCGGUGGACACGGAAAACAUCAAGGUUGUGUUCAACGCUGUCAAGGACACCAUCUUGCACAAAAAUCUACAGUCGCUGAUGCUAGAGUAGAUCCGACGUCAAGUGCCCAGCAACUUUUACUGCCUUAACACUUACUGGAUUUAACGAAUAACAAGCGCUGAAGCCAAAGCUAGUAGUGUCGAUCACAGGGUCCUUAGUCGAAAACGAGGCAACUAUUUUCCGACAAGUCCAUUGGAUUUAGAAAUCUUAAGUAGUUCUGUUAUGAAAUUUGUGUAGAAUGACAUAUCAAGUAUUUUUAACACAAUGCCCUACCUCCACAACCGAAAUCAAAUAUUCGAGGGCACUAAUGGCAAUCUAUUUUUUUUUAGAACAUUGUAUAUUUUUAUCUUACAUGUAUCGACCGCUGUGACUGUCUCCAGAAAUAUAGCAUUUUACGACGAUAAAAUGUCAAACUGCUACAAAUUAAGAUUAUUUUUAAAAAUGAGCAUUUGAGUAUUUUUAUCCAGGAGUUAUUUCCGCACACUGCAUAAAUAAUAUAUAUUUUAUUACACUGCAAUAGGUUUUGUUAAGCUAUUGAUAUUGUUAAUAUGGAAAUAUUGUAUAUUUAAUUUUGUGAUAAAAAGGCUAUUCCACAGAUAAGUAAAGUUUGAUCUUGUCCUCGGAAGGAGUGAUCAUUGUGCAGCUUUUACGCAAACGAGGCCGCCUUUUAUAGAUAUUACUUGUAUUUCUUGCUACAAAAACUAUUAAAAAGUUGUUGUGAAAAUAAUAAAUGCUGAAAUUAUGCCUCAAGAGAAUCUCUGCCUUAAAGUGAAAUUAAAACAAACAAACCAAUUUUAUA